UGUAUCCGUCAGUAAAUUGAAAAUAAACUGACAUUCUCCCUCCUCUUCUCUCUCUCUCUCUCUCUUUCUUUGUCGAAUUAUUACAUUGAAAAACCAACAAACCCUAAAAGUGUCCGUUCAAUUUUUCUUCUUCUUUGCUUCAACUACUCGUUACAUAGCUCAAUUCCCUCUCUUCUUCUGAAGAAAUUUGCAGUUUCAUCAGCUGAAUCCAUACUGAAAUCCCUAAUUCUCUCAGUUCGCGGCUCGUUUUAGACAGAUAAUGGAGGGAAUGCCGCACCCAAUACCCCGUACAGUGGAUGAGGUCUACAGCGACUUUAAAGGCAGACGUGCCGGCUUGAUCAAAGCCCUCACCGCGGGUCUCUUCAUCUUUUUUCUUCUUCCUGCUUCCGCUCUUCAUCUUUACUCUGUUUGUGUUGUUCGUGAUGUUGAGAAGUUUUACCAGCAGUGCGAUCCUGAGAAGGAGAACCUGUGUCUCUAUGGACUUCCAAAUGAAACGUGGGAAGUUAACUUGCCUGUGGAGGAGGUGCCCCCUGAGCUCCCGGAACCAGCAUUAGGCAUAAACUUUGCGAGGGAUGGGAUGCAGGAGAAAGAUUGGUUAUCGCUGGUUGCAGUUCACAGUGAUUCAUGGUUGCUUGCUGUUGCAUUCUAUUUUGGUGCUCGUUUUGGAUUUGGGAAGAAUGAAAGGAAGAGGCUAUUCCAGAUGAUCAACGAUCUCCCAAGUGUAUUUGAAGUUGUAAGUGGAAAUGGUAAGCAGUCAAAAGAACAGUCUGCCACUCAUAACAAUAGCAGCAAAAGCAAAUCGGGUGGGAAGAUGUCUAGGCAAUUGGAGUCCCAUAGCAAGGGAGUGAAGAUGUCUCCACCACCAAAAGAGGAUGAAGAUAGCGGGGAAGACGAGGAGGAAGAAGAAGAUGAUGAACAGGGUGCAACAUGUGGGGCUUGUGGGGACAACUACGGCAACGAUGAAUUCUGGAUUUGUUGUGAUGUAUGUGAAAGAUGGUUCCAUGGAAAGUGUGUGAAGAUUACACCUGCCAAGGCCGAGCAUAUCAAACAAUACAAGUGUCCAAGUUGCAGUAACAAGAGAGCAAGGGUUUGAAUUUAGGAUCUGAAAGUUGAAGAUAGUUGCAGGGAACGAAAAAAAGGGAGAAAAAGAAAAGGAAAAAAAAAAAAAACGAAGAAAGCAGGCAGCACGACGACUCCGAGACUUGUGUUAUUACUACGAUUAUAAAGCUAAAAUAUGGUGUUGUUAAAGUCAGUUGACAGAUUUGGUGAAUUGGGAUGGAAUUUCAAGUUUUCCUACUUGUGUUAUUCUUCUGUCUAAUUCUAGAAUUAGUGGUUUUCUCUUUGAAUAGUUAUGAAUAUUUGUCAUCCACAUCCCAAAUUGAAUCAGACUCAGAAACAACCUCUUGUUCA